UGUUGGCUUAAAUAUAAUUUAACACGAUAUAAGACGUAACUUGUUUUAUUGGUGAAUUGUGUGUGACAUACCUUAAAAUGUAUGUUUGAAGUGUUUCUCCGUGUCCGUUGGUAGUGUUCAAUAACUAAUAGUUGCUGACAUGAUGUACCUAUAUACGUUAUAUUAUAUACGUUGAUACAUGUGAAUGGCGUUACCACAAAGUAUAAAUCACAAUAAGGUCCAGAGUGGGUGAUGUUGUGAACAAUGGGUAUGAAGUGGGUGGUGCUGUGGUCUCUGUGGGCAGCCCGGCUGGUGAGGCAGCCCAGCGCCCCGGUGUUGGUCAGCAGCGGCUGGCUGCGAGGGUCCGUGGCUGCUGACGGCUCACAUGUCUCCUACCACGGGAUACCGUACGCAGCCACUCCGAGGAGAUUCAAAUCUGCAGGUCCAGCACCAAGUUGGCUCGGCACGUUCGAAGCCAUCGAAGAAAAUAUACGAUGCCAUCAAAGAAUUAGCAAAACAUUGGUUGUGGGUAAAGAAGAUUGCCUUACAUUAAAUGUAUAUACUAGUAUAGAUACAGUACCAGAUAAUAAGGUACCAGUUAUGGUAUUCAUUCAUGGAGGUGGUUAUUACGACGGCUCUGGAACGAAAUUUAUGUAUGGACCUAAAUAUCUCGUAUCUAAAGGGGUCAUACUUGUUACAAUAAACUAUAGAUUAAAUAUACAAGGAUUUUUGUGUCUGAGAACGAAAUAUGCUCCUGGAAAUGCAGGAAUGAAAGACCAGGUCGCUGCACUAAAAUGGGUUAAACGAAAUAUUAAAUCUUUCGGGGGUGAUCCAGAUAACGUAACAAUUUUCGGUGAAAGUGCUGGCGCGUCAUCAGUUUCUCUGCACAUCUUAUCUCCAAUGUCGAAAGGAUUAUUCAGUAAGGCCAUAAUGCAGAGUGGGUCAUCUCUUUCAUCAUGGGCAAUGCAGUACAGACCAGUUUACAUGACAAGUUUACUGACUAAAACUAUGGGGUAUGAUACCGAAGAUCCGCAACAACUCUAUGAUAUCCUAAUGAGCAAAUCGGAUGCUGAAUUAAUUGUUACGAGAGUUCCAAGGAAGGAAGGUAAUAUAAUUAUAUCUGAAUGUUUGUACGUACCGUGCGUUGAGGAGAUAAUUGACGGAGAAGAACAGUUUCUCACUGAAUUGCCUUACGAGAUAUUGCGAAAAGGAUCAUAUAAUAGAGUUCCAGUAAUGAUUGGAAGCAACAGUCACGAAGGAUAUUUAUUUGCUUCAAUGGAAAACGAUACAAUGCUCCCUAAGAUUGUUCUAGAAAAAUCAUUGCCUAAAGAUUUAGAUAUACCCUCGCAGAAAGAGAGGGAGGUUGUAGCAAAUAAAUUGUAUGAUUUUUAUUUCGGAGAUAAAGUCGUGUCAAGAGAUACUUUGAUAGAGCUGUCGAGAGUACACGGUGAAGUAUAUUUUAUCUAUCCAGUACUGGAGGAGACAGAAUUGCAUUCAAAGACAAAUUAUACCCCAGUCUAUAGCUACGUGUUCCAGUACAGCGGCAAUAGAAAUUUUGUUAAAAAGGCUUCAGGAUUCGGUAAUGCACCUGGGGCGACACAUGCAGAUGACCUGUUCUAUAUCUUUAAUCUAGAAAUUGCUCCAACAUUUUUUGAGAACAACAUGAUUGAAAGAAUGACCACUAUGUGGACUAAUUUUGCCAAGUUUGGGGAACCAAUACCAACUACCUCGUCGCUGCUGCCGGUGAAGUGGGAUCCGGUGAACAAGAGCUCGCCUCACUCGUUCAUCAUCGAUGAACAAUUCAGCACGACACCCUUGUGGAGCUCAGAAUCCGCUAGGUACUUGAAAAAAGUUUACUCAAAAUACAGAAGAAGAAAAUACAAGGAUUUGUAAUUUUAUUAACGUGAUAAAAAUAAAACUAUAUCCUGAGA